AUGGUCACCCCCUCUGCAGAAGAACUGGUCACUUGCAGCCACAAAGAAGGCAUGCUUGCCAAGCCAUAUUUCUCUGAGGUGAACCAGCACCUGCAAUUUGCUUUUCUGCCCACCCUCCAGUCUCAACUUGUCACCCUUGGCCUUCCUGAGAUCUGGGUCCCCCAAUAUCAUAUCAAGACAGGAGGGAAUGAGCAGCACCUUCAAUGCACAUGGUUCCAGAUUGACAUUCUUGACCAGAUGGUGACCUUGUAUGAGCACAUGCAGGUGCUCAUGUGUUGGCAACUCUAUUGCCAGGAGAAGCUCUUCCAGAAUGGUCUCACCUAUGUCACCAAUGAGAACAUGACCCACAAGCAGCGGGGCAGUGCAAUGCUUGACAUGUAUGUCACCUUUGAGUGGUGCAAGUUUGCUCUGGGCCAGCUGGAUCUGUGUGUGAGCAUCCCUUGGGAUGGUGCCAAUGACAAGAAUGAGAAUACUGUCUGGGCCACCUACCUCCCUCAAAUAACAGCCCAGUGGGCCAAACGCCAAACUGUCCUGCAGUGGCAGGCUGUUUUGGGCAUGGAGCACUGGACUUAUGGGGUCACUGUCACGGAGCACCCAUCACUCCCGCAGGCUGUGGAAAUGGCCAUGGAGAUGGAUGAGGCACCUGUGGAAAGUGGGGCAGACCCAGCCAUUGAUGUGGUCAUGGAUGGUGAUCAGUCUUUUAUGGUCCAGACCCCUUUCUGGUGUAUGAAGGGGAGUACAACAAGGGCAUUGGUAGAGCUGCCACCCUAUGAUCCAGAAGUCAUGCUCCCACAUUCCGCACCAUUGACAGCUGCAGAAAAGGAUCAAAUGGCAUUCAAUGCGUAUGUCCACAAACUACCAGUGCCAUGGAUGGACUUCAUCUAUGCGCCUGUUGUACCAAGCAGGUUGGAUCCCUGGCAACUGCCACCUGUGCCUUGCACACCACCCAUUUGUGUGCUUGAACAAGACAUGAAGGAGUUCAAACCAAUCCAUGGUGGGCAAUCCAUCAAGAUGGAUGGCCAUGACAUCAUCUGGCUUGGCAAGAGCACCAAUUCUUGGGCCAACAACUUUAUCCUGGAUGGUUUCAGCCACCUGUUGCAGGCAGGGUGGCCACAAGAUGUGUUACCUCCCCUCAUCACUGAGCAGGCAGAUAUCACGGUCUGGCCAGCAUCCAUUACCAUGACUUUCCAGGCAUUGUGCCACCAAGAUGACAACACCAUCACCCAAGGCAUGAUGUACAUGUUCAAGAAACACUUCUGCAAUAUGUCCAACCAGAGCAUCCAGUCCUAUGAUUGGAAGCUCAAUGACAACUGGUUGGCAGCAAAGUGGGUCUUUUACAUCUUUACUCCGGGACACUGGUUCCUUGGAAUGAUCAACUGGUCAGUCGCAGUUGUUGCAGUGUGGGAUUCAUGGGGUGUAUCAUUGAAGCAGUGGUAUCACACAGUGCAGGAUGGAGGACAAUUUGAUGCUGCAGAGGUUGGCUUGAUUGCUCAUAAGGCUGGCCCGCCAUCCUCAUGGCACCUAUGGGGUGGAACACUGGAGGGUGAUAAGAACCAUGGCUCUGGGAUGUUGCCCUCUGACAUGCCAACAUUCUGUCAGUGGUUGUACGACAAAGUGGCCGAGUUGCCCAAUUACAAUGUGAAGAUGGUCAUGCAGAUGGGUGUGUAG